UCGAAUCGGACUUCUACAACUUCUUUUACCAAGCCAAGUCAUAUCUUGGUCUAUCCUUUUGAUUGAGAAAUUCAGAGUCUCGGAAUCCUCUUUGUAGUAAAAAGUGAGAGUCCCCACGUCGUACGUGGUAGUGUCCUCUCGUCACACCUCCCUAUCAGUACUGUUGUAGUACUUAUUAACUCGUAAUUGCCUCCCCAAAUAAUUAUCAAUCGCAGUGAUAAGCCGUGACUCGAUAUGAUAUCACUCAUCUCACGCCCAAACUCAAACAGAUGUAGAGUGACUGUCCAAAUUUUCUGACAUAUCGUAUAGUUCACUUCAUUCUCCAUAAUCAACAUUUUUAUUAUAUAUAUUUCUAAGUGUUCAACAUUGAUAACCAAGAGAAAUCACUAAAAAAGAAAACCAUUGAAUAUCCCGAGGGAGAAGUUGUGAGAAAAAUAAUGAGUGAAUUGAGUCAGGAAGAGAUGCGAAGACGUCGGCUGGCGCGUUUAGCUGGAUUAGAAACUAGUACUCCUCCUACAAAUACAAAUGGAGGCAAUUCUCUGGGUUCACCGAGCACCCCAGGACCAUCGAAGAUCACUAGUCUAGCCAAUAUAUCGCCAGUUCAGCAGCCUGGGGGACAGAAUAUCAUCAAUCAAACGCCCAUGGAAACUGAGGAGAGCAGUGAGAAGCAGUCAAAUAACUCGGGUAUUGAUGUGGAUUCUGGAAUUGAAAAUAUGGAGGUUGAGGAGUCUGAUAGAAAAGAUUCAGUGUCUAGAUCGAGGACAACGAGUUCAAGCAUCGAGGUCUCCCCAGACCAGAUUUACACAGUAAUAUCCCGCGUUUUGUGCGUCUCAUGGGGUGAGUCACUAGGGUCUAGGAUAUUACUUCCUCAGUUGGCAUGCAGCAUGGCCUCAGACAAUCAGAGGCCUAUGGAUCCUGUCGAAAUAAUAAGCCAGAGCUUGAUGGAGGUAAUUCAGAUGUUUACGAGAGAAGAGGAUCCAUUGAGAGGAGUGUCAAUGGAGAUAGUGUCAGAUCGUGAGGAUAGCCCCCACAGCCAAUCAAGCCCACUGAUGAGCCCAAUAGACACUCUGCCAUCGUGCUCACUAGCCAGUCUGCCCCUGCCGCCAGGAGAGAAAGGAGAUAAACGGGAGAAAUCCUUUCAAUCAAAGAGCCUUCAAUAUCUCCUUGACUGCUACAUUAGAGUUUCAGUUGAAGAGAGAAAUCAGCCAAAACGUUCAUCAGUCCCCCCGAUAUCAGAGGUUCUCUCCCGUCUCAGAGCCCAGUGUGUUCAGUAUGCCAGUCUCGUCCUCCAGGGUAUCCUUGAUCCUCCAUCAAUUGAUGGAUCCUCAGCAUCCAGUCCUCUCCUCAUUCCUGUACUCUCCCAGAGCCUGCCCCGAGGCUUUCUCCACGAGCUUGUCGUCAGGACUCAUUCCAAUCCCCAGACCUUCAACAGAAUUUUCACUCCUCUUCUCCAGGGGCUCUAUUUAUCUAUGCAGCAGGGCACUCUUGUGGGAAACACCCAUCGACGACCUGUACAGGCCCUUGAGGAGCUCAUCGAGAUCCGAUGUGGUACCAAUGGCAAUAGCAGACCAAUCUGCCGACUUAUUACCCAUCAAGUCCAGUUUCUCCCUGAUUUUAUGACCACUGCUAUUGGAAGGGAGCUAGCUCGCACCUCGUUCCUCGGGCCCUUCCUCUCGGUCUCAGUGUUCGCUGAGGAUCAGCCUAAAGUGGCUGAGAAAUUUUUCAGUGGAAACCCGUCGAAUGACAAGUCCAUAAAUCUAACACUCCAGCAGGAAUUGGAGAGCAUUCGUACUUCGUUCCACAAAAUGUUGCAUGCCAUUUUGGCAACGUCAACCUGUCGUGAUGCAACUCUUGCUUACCUUGCCGCUCUCCUACGCCAUAACGAGAAGAGGGCUCAGAUCCAAUCGGAGGAGUUCAAACUCGCUGGGGAUGGAUUUAUGCUGAAUCUUUUAUCAGUCUUACAAAUGUUGUCUGUUAAAAUAAAACUGGACACUGUAGACUCGCUUUAUCCCUUUCACCCUUCGAGUUUUGUGGAAAUUAAGAACGAUACGAGAUUGAAGCUGUCCUCCCAGGAGGUGACUGACUGGUUAACAGAUCUCGAGAGGAGUCACAAGUGGACAGAAGCAAAAUUUCCAACUCAGUGCUGGUUUCUCACACUUCAUUGUCAUCACGUUGCCCUACUUCCUGCUCUGCAGAAAUACCAGAGAAAGCUGAGGGCCCUGAGGGACCUGCAAAAAAUGUUGGACGAGCUCCAGGCGACUGAAUCUCAAUGGAAGGACACACCAUUUGCAGCUCACAAUAAAGAGCUCAUCAAACGUUGGAAGCAACAGUUGAAACGUCUUGGAAAGUCAAAAUCGUGUGCUGAUGCUGGCCUCAUUGAUCCAGUCCUCAUUAGGCGUUGUCUUCACUUUUACACUUCAGUGGCCGAAGUCCUUCUUGGCUUGCUAACGGAUACGAAACCAGGAGAGCCCGUACCAGUUCUGCCCUUACCCAGAGACAUUCCCAACAGAUUCACAGCCCUUCCAGAGUGGUAUGUCGAGGACAUUGCAGAGUUUCUUCUUUUCGCACUGCAAUUCAGUCCUGGAGUCGUUGCCAGCAAUAUGGAUAACUCCCUUAUCACUUGGCUGCUCGUUGUUAUCUGCACUCCCCACUGCAUAAGAAAUCCCUACCUCAUUGCCAAAAUAAUCGAGGUCCUCUUUGUGAUCAAUCCAAGCGUACAGGGCAGCACUGAAACCCUCCACGACCAGGUAAUGUCUCAUCCAAUCUCGAGAACUUUGCUGGCAUCCUACCUCAUGAAAUUCUACACAGACGUAGAAACCACUGGCUCCAGCUCUGAGUUCUAUGACAAAUUCUCCAUUCGUUAUCACAUCAGCCUCAUUCUCAAGUCCAUGUGGGAUAGUCCAGUGCACCGUGCCUCCAUCGUAAAUGAAAGUAACAAUGGCAAACAGUUUGUCAAGUUCAUCAAUAUGCUCAUGAAUGACACGACCUUUCUCUUGGACGAGAGCCUGGAGUCACUGAAGAGAAUUCACGAGGUCCAGGAACUAAUGUCUGAUACAGCCGCGUGGUCUGCACUGUCGCAGGAGCAACAGCAGUCGAGGUCAAGGCAAUUGUCUGCUGACGAACGCCAAGCCAGAUCUUUUCUCACUCUUGCCAAAGAGACUGUUGCCAUGUUUCAUUAUCUGACUGUCGAUAUCAAGGAGCCAUUUCUGCGGCCUGAGCUCGUCGGUCGACUCAGUGCUAUGUUGAAUUUCAAUCUGAAGCAAUUGUGUGGCCCAAAGUGCAAAAACUUGAAAGUUAGAAAGCCACAGAAGUAUGGCUGGGAGCCCAGGACACUUUUGGGACAGUUGGUGGACAUCUAUCUGCAUCUUGACUGUGAUAAGUUUGCUGCUGCACUGGCUAGUGACGAGAGAUCAUUCGGCAAAGGGCUUUUCACUGAUGCUGCCACUAGACUCGGCAGAUCUGCCAUUAAAACUACUACGGAAAUUGAACGGUUUAUGGCACUUGCUGAACGAGCUGCUGUUAUCGCUCAUGAUAAUCGAGCCAGGGAUGAGGAUUAUGGGGAUGCACCUGAUGAGUUUAAGGAUCCACUAAUGGACACGCUUAUGGACGAGCCUGUCAAACUUCCGUCCGGAAUUAUCAUGGAUAAGGCUGUUAUCAUCAGGCACUUACUCAACAGCUCGACUGAUCCAUUUAGUCGACAGCCUCUCAGUGAGGAUAUGCUUACACCUGCAUUGGAUCUGAAAAAGAGAAUAGCUGAGUGGAAACAGGAGAAAAAGAAGUCUGCUAACUUUUAAGUGGUACUAACUCGUUUGUAGAACGUUAAAAAUAUCAAAGUGGCAUCAUUUUGUUACUGCACAGUCAACGAUUAAUCAAGAAGGAAAUUGAGAUAACCAUCAGUGCAAUGAUCUCCCAAGUGUGCUAAUGUUGCGCUCAAAUGAAAAUUUGCAGUUCUUUUUGUACAAUAAUAAUAAAUGGACACAGACUGCAGCUAGCUAACUGCCAAUAAUCAAUUUUUUUUUCAACAAAAUUGAGCCAAGUCUAAUGUAAAUACGUGAGUAAUCAUUUGCUUAUCGAUCACUCAUUGGUGUCAAUCAAUUUUCUUUUUUCUUUUCUUUUCUUUUAUCUUCUUUUCCUUUCUUUUCUCUUCAUUGUCAAAUUGGAAUUGUGAAGCUGUCGCGGGGUAAAUUAAAUCAUUGUCACUUUCUAUUGGAGCAUUUGCAUUUGUAACGUGAGUGAUGUAUAAAUUUUAAAAAUGUAAAUGUUAUUGACAUUCGUGUGAAUGGAGUAGCAAAUGGAAAAUUUUAGGAAACGAUUGAGGAAAAUUAUUGGAAAAUAAUUUCAAUGAGUAUACAAUUAUGAGAGUUUAUCUGCGUAUCGGGGUCAAAAUUCAGUGGCAUUUCUUGACGUGUGAUCUAUGUUGGUACGACGUUGCCAUAGUCCUCUGUAAUGGUCUUCUUCAAUAAACAAGGAAUGAGUAAUCAUA